GCCCAUAGAACUUUUUUCCCCCUAGCUGCUUGCACCUGCUAUCGUUUUUGUUGCCCUUCCCUCGGUUGGGCGGAACUGUAGUGCGUGGGGUUGAGUUUUCCACACCGACGCUUUUUGCUCAAGCUCCAUUUCCAUGCAUUCGGUGCUCUUAGCAAGUCGUCCCCUCGGGUUGCGAAAGUUGCCGGGCUCGGUGUGCGAGCGCGAGAGAGGAGGAGAGCGCGAGAGAUUCUUCGGCCAUGGGGGGCGAGACGAUGUUGCGGACCCUGCUCUACACCGUCAACUCCCUGCUGCAGCAGCGCAGAUACCAGGCGGCGUUGGCCGUCGUCAAGGGCUUCCGUAACGGAGCAGUGUAAGCCCUGGCUGGAGAGGGACCGUCUCUCCUUUCCCCCACCCACCGCAUCCCUAGUCCGGGAAAGGAGGCUGAGGGGCUCCCGUGUCGGCCGGGGGCGGAGCCUUUGCGCUGAGCCUGGGCGGGCGCCGCUCCAACGAGGAGCUCUGAGGGAGGAAACGAGCCCAGGCCGGGCGGGAAAGCCUCCCGGGUAGUUUGCAAACCACCAGCUGGGGGCAAAGGACUCUCUCCAAAAAGCCCUUUCCACGGGGAAUGCCGUCUCCGUCAGUGUUAGAAACAAACACGAUUCGUGUGUGUGUGUGUGUGUGUGGUGGGAAUGAAGGCUCGCUUUCUUCCUGGCGCAGGGCCGCCUUUGAAUCGCCGAGGGUUUCUGCUAAGCAAAAUUAACUACAGUACCUCAUAGUGGACGAGUCUUUCCCUGAGAGGAUUGACAGCCACGUCUUUGACGAGGUGGCAGUAGACAAGCGUGCCAACUUGAAUUAAAAUAUUGGGAAGAAGGGGCAGGUAAGCCCCGCCCCACAUAAUCGAUUACAAGGGCAAGGCGCACGCACACCGUUUGAAUGGCAUUGACCAUCAACUUUGGGAGGCGGGCCCCUCAAAUAUUUCAAGGGGGGGAGGCAAUGGAACCUCUCGGUCCCUAGGAGUUGGCUCCUAUGGCAGUAGAUAUGACUGCCAGCUAUUUGUUUACAGUAUUUUAUUACGGUUUCUAUAAAAUGUAUACACCACUUGAUUGUAGGGGGGAACCUCGAAGUGGUUUAUAAAAAAGUUAAAACAAUAAUAGGAAAAGUCCACAACAGUAGUAAAUAAAUAAGUUUACCACGUCUCUUUAAUUUUCUGCAUGCACUUCACUUCAGUUGAAGCCAAAACCUGGAUUUAUGGUUGUUUUUCCAGUGACCUGAAAUCAAGGUUGAGUUAUGAAAUAUUAAAUCCAUGAUGCCUCCUGUUGUAGAAAUCGUAUGGAUUAGUAUGUGUAAACCACACCCUUGCUAUGUUCUUUUUCUUAAAUGUCUGGGUGUGGCUUAAACAUGCUAAUCCAAAACUAUUUCUACAACAAGAGGCAAAACCUAUCAACAUAAGCCAUAGCCAAUAAACUAAUACUGUCGAAAUAUAUUUAAUACCUCAAAAGUGAUUUGUUGCCGAAUCAUGUUGCUUUCUACUUUACACACAUUUCUAAAAUCAGGUUUACAUGUAAAGUGGAGUUAUGUGUAAAGCGAGGGAGGGGGACUGGGGUCUUUGAGGUAUUGUUGAACUCCAACUGCCAUCAGCCUCACCCUGCAUGGAUGGCCAGGAAUUACCGUACAAGAUGACAAGAGAGUUUUAGGCCAGCAACUUCUGGAAGGCUAAAGGUUACCUAUCCCCACUGUAAAGUGAAUUUAGCUGCCGUUAGUGUAAUCUGCAUACCUGCGCAUAUCAUACAGGCGUAAAUAAAUGGUUCUCUCUGAAAAAUUGACUACUUUAUGGCUAAUGAGACAAAUGCAGUGCUUUCUUCGGGGGGGGGGGGCGGAAGCAGGGGGACGCAUACCCCUAAACAUUUUGUGAAUCUUUGUACUUUUGGCCAUUUACUGUAUUUAUUUUCUCCGAUUUGAACUAUAAAAUGGUGGUUUUCUUGAGUCUAAAUGAGAGUACCCCUAAACAUUUUUAAAGAAAAACAGCACUGGACAAAUGAAUCAAUAACUUGAUUCAAAACAACAUUUGUACAUGUGUGCAGUGUUUAUUAUCUUCUUUCCGUUUCCCAGGUAUGGAGCAAAAAUACGUGCCCCCCAUGCUUUAGUGAUGACAUUUCUCUUCAGGAGUGGAAGGUAUAUUUAUCAGUUCCUUUCUUUUUCAUAUAUAUGUGUGUGAUUAUUUCUUUAUAAGACUAUGUGAUUUGAUAAGGUUCAGUACUGUACAGUUAUUGUCCUCUGUGCAUAUUGAACCCAGUGAAACAGGAUCCUCCUUAUUUAUUUAUAAGAUUUAUUCACCGUAAGGUCCCAGAAUCAAUUAUAACUGUACAAUCUUACAAUUAUGAAAAACAACUAAAAACCAUUCCAACAAAAAACAGAACAUGCUUUCUCUCUCUGCAUUUCUUUGGAAUAGAGCAACUAGAUUAGAAUACAAGGAGACUUGUAUUGUAUGUCUUCUUGGUGUUAAUGAAUAGUCAUUUUCUUUAUUUUUAAUUAAAGGCUACAAAUGACAUAUUUAGUGCUAUCCUAUGAAUAUGAGCUCAGAAGGCAGGUUUAGAAUGGCAGCCCAACAGCACAGCAUAUUUACUGGGAAGAAAGUCUUGGUUGUGUCCAUUGGGGCUUAGGCUGCCAUUAUGUCACAUUUACUAUGGGAUCUAUUCAUGCCCAUAUUAAAUUAAUCAUUAAUAGAUUGGCUAAUCUGUCUUUAGAUUUUAUUGCUUACUGAAACCUGGAUAAAUGAUCACUGUGACUUUCUGAAGUAGAUAAUAGGUUACAACUUAGUAGUUAAUGUUUAUUCACUUCUCUUUUAGUUGAAGAGUGUGCUAUUUGUAAUAACAGGUCUUCAUUUUUUCUCUUAGUUUAAGGGAGAAAUUGAAAGCAAUUGUUCGUGCCACUUACACUCAUUCCAGAAACCUGGCAUAUUUUGUAUUCACAUACAAGGGCCUGUUGGCCCUACAGUCGCGAAUGCAGGGAAAGAAGAUCCCAUUUCACUCUUUCCUCGCAGCCUGCAUUGGAGGCUGGUUGGUGUUUGGAGAAAAUAACAAUAUUAACAGCCAGGUAAAUGAUGGUGUUGUGUGCUUCUGGGUUUAUACUGCUGCCCAUUUAAUGCAACGUGAAAAUCAAGUGAUGUUAGUGAUCCAGGUUGCUUCAUAUUUAACUGCCCUUCAACUUAAAACUUGAGGACAAUAAAAUAACUGUGCCCCAACACUUCUGCAUCUUUCACUCACCAAGGUGCUCUAUAGAAUGGGGGAAAGGGUUGUAUUAGCUCAGAAUUCUAUUAAUUCGGUCCCAUCACCAGUUUCUGCUUCUUUCAGCUGCCUGUUUUGAUCAGGUUUUUAAUAAAAUAUAAGCACUGCUUUAACUGGUGCACCAGUGACCCAUCUAGCUCAACAUAUUGCUUCUUCCUGGAGAAAUGGUUUGCCUUUGAAAGCUGAAGUUAGUGAUAUUUUUUAAUGUUUCACAGAAUUAGAAAGCUGCAGUGGGAAGAGGUUCUACAGAAAGCUGCAGUGGGAAGAGGGCUCUCCCCCCCGCCCCGUAUGAAAAGACUAGGGUCUCUAGGUAUAUUUUUGUUUCUCCCUAGGUUUACUCUGCUUCAGCUUUGAAAAUAGUAAUCUUUCAACUGAGCACACAAAUUACUUUUUCAAGCGACUAAAUUUUGCAAUGCUCGAUCAUACGCUGUUGCUAAAAACGGCAAACAACCCAGCUGAGAGACUACAAAAGCAUUAUAAUGUUUUUUAAAAAAUGAUUUGACAUAAAACCAACUUGGUGAUUGCCUAAAUUGAGGACUGUUUGAAAUAAUCACUUUCUAGAUAUGUUCCUUGCCUAAUAUUUGUUUACAAUUUCCCCCUACAGAUAAACAUGUACCUAUUGUCUCGUAUCCUGUUUGGCUUGUCCCGACUGGCAGUGGAGAAAGGUUACAUCCCAGAGCCAAAACAAGAUCCCUUUCCACUCUUUGCUGCUCUGGUUUGGGGGAUUGUUCUCUGGCUCUUUGAGUACCACCGACACACUCUACAGCCAUCAUUGCAAUCAUCCAUGACCUACCUGUAUGAUGACAGUAAUGUCUGGCAUGAUGUUUCUGACUUUCUUGUAUAUAACAAAAGACCUGCUACCAAUCAGUCUUGAAAGAUCUUUUAGUAAUGGCACAUUCCAACAGCAGGGCUUUUAUGCUUUUAUUUGAACACACUUCACUGAAAAUCGUUAACAUUGGAUGUUGAUCUCUACAUGGGUCUGGCCACGUUGUUCUGUGUAGGCCUCUGGUUUCUCUGGUUAGAGCUUGAAAAGGCCAUAUUUCAAGCAAACCAUUUUGUAAUCUUUUUGUAAGGUGAUCCUCUUGUCUGUAAGAGGCUGUUUCCUUUUCAGCUGUGGGUGGAAAAAAUGCACUAUAAAUGCACUGAUCUUAAAACUUGAGAAAAUAGGGUGAAAAUAUUUUCUUUAAUACUGAAAUACCAGGUGCCAUAGGUAACUUUCUGCCUACAUAUAUGCAAUACAACCUUCGCUGCUUCCUCAAUUAGCCAUAGAAUAAAAAGGACCAUUCUCAUCAUAGUAAAUACUACAUAAAGCUCAAGUUUAGGAUCUUUGUGUGCAGAUAUGGUACUGGGAAACUUUACUUCUUUAUGCAUGUUUGUAAAUUCAUCUUUCUUACAUUAACCACCUAUAACAACAUAAAACCAGUAAAAGUGCAUUUAGAAAAAGAAGAUGACUAAAAGGCGGGGGGGGGGGAGUUAAGCAACUAAGAGAGGCUUUACUGCAAGCACGGUAUGUACUCUGCAGUGCAAAGGGCCUGUUUUAAAAAUUCAUCAUCAACGACUUAGAUAAAUGCCAAGAUUUAUUCAAAGAGUUGAGGUUUAUUCCUCUAGACUUAUAGUCUAGAGAAAGCUAUGAAACAAAAGAAAAUAAUGGAGUAGAUGGAUAGGUGAAAGGGUAGAUACAGUGGCAAAUGAGUGAUUUGCUUCUAUUUUGACAUCUUCACUGUUAGGCGUAUAAAUACCUGAAUAGGUUUUUUUUGGCCCUAGCCUCUUCUAGUUGGAACGGAACAGAGGAUGCAACUAUACACUCUUACAACUGUGGUUGCAGUUGGCAAAAUAUGGUAACGCUAUGUACAUAGACCAUUGAUAAAAAUGUAUCUGAUCAAGCAUCUGCUGUCAUAGAAGCAAAGAUGCCAAUGGAUUGUUGAGGGUGUUGCUUUUAUGACACUGCCUUAUCAGAAAAUGUUAAAUAUAAGGUAAGCCACUGAUUAUAGCACAAUUAUAGGAAAGUGACAUAAAGUCUUGCAGCCUAAUCCCCUGGGCUUGCAAUGGCAGCUCUUUUUGUGCUAGUUUUGCACAGGAUGGGGGAAAAGCACUUGAGUUAUGAAUUAAAUAUACAUAGGCAAUGGGAAAAUGCUGGGUAAACAACAAGGUGAAUGUUUUGUUCUUUCACUUCUUGGGGUAUUGUCAUUGAUUUUUUAUUUUAUCAUUGUUUGGUAACUUGUGAUGGUUUAUUAUUUAGUCCUGUCAGUUGGAGGAAGUUUUUUUUAAAGAAAAACUUAUAGGGCCACAACACUGGUGUAUGCUUCUUGUUAUUUUGUCACAUCUUUCAGUGGUUUGUUUGUUUGGUACCAACGUACCAGCUUGUAUCUGUGAGCAUCUGUCUUGAUCUGGCAUGUGAGCUGCCACCUUCUUUCUCCUGAAUCUUUACUACCAUACGUAAAAUAUCCUGCAAACAACCCCCUCCUCAAAUUCCCUGCCCCAUCAAGUCAGAUUUAGGAAAGAACAAACCCACCAAACACCUUGAGAACAUUAUUGAUAUUUUAAGCAGUAACUAUGUUUUGAGCUUUUCCGGUCUCUCCCCAACAUUUGGUUGCUUCCAUGCAAAGGCACUAUCUUCUACCUCCCCGCCCCAAACAAUAGACAGUACAGUAGCUGUUGCGAACUACAGUGUCAGCAUAAUCGUAACAGUGCCUGCAAUAUAUUUCCUUAAUUUACAUAUAACUUCUGCUGCCCUCCUGUCCCCAGAACGCUAAUACUAAGCUCUUCUAGCAAACUGUCUGAGUCUCUUAUCUGUCUGCAGUUCAGAGCACAAAACUGCCAUAAAACACAUCAAACUGUGGUCCCAUCACAGCAGCACCCUUUACAUAUCUGUCUGCGGCAAUUAACUGUGCUUUUUAAAGAUUGCUCUCCUGCUGUGUAAGGAUAGAAUGCUAUGCUACAAAGUCAGUCAAUUUCCCAGGGAGGUAGCUGGAAUAAUUUUAAACAGCAUUUAACAUCCACCACUGUUCCUAUAGCUCGAUUGGUGAGGUCGAAUCCCUUCUGCCACUAAUGUGAUUGAACAAUGCCAGUGUGUGCUGGGGAAGUGAACUAGAAGUAAUGGGUCUGUCUGAAGACUCUUGGAUACAUAGGUUCCAUUCCUCACCCUUCCAGAUCGUAUUGUUCGGCAAGCUAAGUGUUCUGUUUGGUUUUCAUGCUAAUAAGAAAGAAACACAAACAGGAAUAAGGAGACGGUUUGAAAAUCCACCUCCCAAGCAGCCCGUCACAUCAAAAUUAAGCAAGUCCCAACCAUCCCCACUCUGAAGAUCAAAACAGACAUGCAUAUGUGUUUACAACAGCUCAAUUGUGGCUUCUCAUUGAAGGCUCAGCUCUUUUGUGUUUUGUUCAAGAGGAGAUCGUGGUUCCCAAUGCUGGGGAAAUGUCUAUCCCUAUCUGAUUUGCCAUAACUGUUGUGCUUGAAUAACACUGCUUCCACAGCGUAAUGAAAUAGUGCAAGGAACAUCUACAAAUGCCAUGUAGACUACUUACCAUAUUUUUCGCCCUAUAAGACGCACCAGACCACAAGACGCACCUAGUUUUUGGAGGAGGAAAACAAGAAAAAAAAUAUUCUGAAUCUCAGAAGCCAGAACAGCAAGAAGGAUCGCUACACUGUGAAAGCAGCAAUCCCUCUUGCUGUUCUGGCUUCUGGGAUAGCUGCGCAGCCUGCAUUCACUCCAUAAGACGCACACACAUUUCCCCUUACUUUUUAGGAGGGAAAAAGUGAGUCUUAUAGAGCAAAAAAUAUGGUAAUUAUUUCAAGGAGUGGGGGAAAAUUGAAAUAAGUAAAUAGCUGCACCAUUCUAAAAGUUUAGGAAAUAUAAUGUUGAGCUCAAAUUACAAAAAAGAAAAGUUAAAAACCCCAUGUAUUUAUUGUCCUGUAUUUAUUCUUAAUUCAAGUCCUCUAAAAACCUGGAUCUACAAUAAGGUAUUGUUUCUCCUCCAUUAAUAACACUAUUGCCUUGUUUUAUGAAAGUUAUUUACAAUAGGCUUCCUAACAUAUAUUUGGAGGUCUUGAUUUGUAGACAUCUGCAACAGAUAUUUACAAGAACAACAAAUAGAACCAGUGACCCCUUGACAAUGCCAAGAGCCUGCUUUGUUGUUUACUUUGUUUGCUAUUUUUAGUGCAUACUGCUCUGAUUUCCUUAGGCAGGAUUAGUGGGAAAUAAGUGCCUUUUGUGAAAUACAUAUACACACCUUCAUGUGGGUGAAUGUGCUUCCUCGCACCUUACUGCUGUUUUCCGAAUCAUUUAGAUUGGUAAACUGCAAAAAGCUACUUCACACCUGCAACUUUGUCUUUGUCAGAGGGAAGUGUGUGCCAACAUUUACUGUUGCAUUUAGUUUGCCAGCUCAAAUGACCCCUCUCUCUUCCCACACACUCUGUUCUGUGGUUUCUCCUGACACCCCCAGAACCAAUUUCAGUGCGCAUGUCGGGGGGGGGACGACGACCGCAUUGUACAAGCGAAAUCAUUGUGCAGGUUUCUAUUGACAGGGCUCCUUCAGUGAAUCCUGCCCUAUGCUCUCUUCCUCUACACUCAUGUAGGUGUUGUGUUUGAUAGGAAAGCUUGUGGUGCUGUGGUCUAAACCACCAAGCGUCUUGGGCUUGCCAAUCGUAAGGUCAGCAGUUCAAAUCUGUGCGACAGGGUGAGCUCCUGUUGCUCUGUCCCAGCUCCUGCCAACCUAGCAGUUUGAAAGCAUACCAGUGUGAGUAGAUAAAUCGGUACCACUGUGACGGGAAGGUAAAUGGCGUUUCUGUGCACUCAGGCUUUUAUCACAGUGUUUUGUUGCGCUAGAAGUGAUUUAGUCAUGCUGGCCACAUGACCCACAAAGCCGUCUGUGGACAAAUGCUGGCUCCCUCAGCCUGAAAGCAGAGAUAAGUGCCACACCCCAUAGUCAAAUUUGAUUGGACCUAACUGUCCAGGGGUCCUUUUACCUGUGUUUGAUAUGCUUUGUAAAAACUAGAUCUUUUGACUACCUAACUGCAGGCUUUGCUUUUCAAAAACGUGGUGGUGACUAAUUGCACAUUUCUACUUUUGCCUUGUAAAAAUAUUAAUUGCUGUAACUACCUUUACCUGGCACAGACUAUCUUCCUAUUCGUGGUGCUACAUAUUUCAAUAAUUCUCUUCCUGCCUUCUGGUAAAGCAGCCUGAUGCUGUUCUCUGUGUUAAGUUUUUAACAGCAACAUAAGAUCAGAAGACAUCCAGAGAUGAUGAAUUCCAACUACACUUCAUUCUAUGAAGCCAAAACUGCUGAAAACCUUAGGAAUCAUUCCACAUACAAGUGAUUCUUCCUGGCGAGUUAUGCCAUCCUCACAGCCAGUAGUUCUCAUACAAGCAGCAUAUAAAAAUGGGCAUGGCAUUCAGUUUGGCUUGCUGAGUUCAUAAAUCACGCAGAAAGUUUUAAAUCCUAUUAUUUGGAAAUGUGUGGGUUCUGACCAGGGCUUUUUUUACAGCUGGAACUCACCAGAACUCAGUUCUGGCAUCUCUCAGGUGGGUGCCAUUGCCAUUAUGAGAACAAAGGAGGUGAGUUCCAGCACCUCUUUUUCUAGAAAAAUAGCACUGACUCUGAUACACAAAGAGAUCUGUUGAGUGUUUGGAGACUUAGGUGUGCAAUACAGUAUUUGGCAGCGACAAUGCAGAAUUUCCUAAAAGAUAACAGAACGUACAUUUGUAACAGACUGAAACGUUGACUUGAGUUUUUUCAGGCAAUAGUGGAUGCAUUGAAACAUACAGUUAAAGUAGCAGAUUGGCCAGACUGUUUCAAAUAAACUGCUAUGUACUUUAACAAAAUGUAGCAGAAAAUUAACUUGUUAAUUAGUAAGGUCUAGCUGCCAACACAGCUUUGCCACACCUUUGGUUUGAUACUGAAGUAUAUGGAAACAAAUUAAAUGCAAAAUAUCUAAGAUGCACUUCUGUAUAAUGUGUUUUUUCUCAUUUUAACCUUUUUUUUAGGGAUCCGACACGCAGCUUGUGAGAACACCUUACAUUCUGACUAGAUGUUUCUGUUCCUUAAGAAUGUAAAGCUAAGUUUGCAAUUGUGAUGGAGAUCACUAAGAUACUGGGCAGAAAAGGUGAUUUUAAAAAUAAGCCUACAUGCAUAUAUUUCUAGAACCCUUAGUCUGUAAUAUCAAAAUAUUACGAAGUUUACUUAAGCUUUUCACGCUAAAAGAAAUAAUAAUUUCAGUAUAAGGAUCUUGUACAAGUGUAACAUGCCUGUCAACUGUAAUUUGGUAUCUGCCAGCUUCAUUAAAAUGAUAUGCAAAUUAUGGGGAGCAAUUAAAUAUGCAUAUUAGCUGCAGCUGUCCAAGUCAUGGCUACGUUGGCAGUGUGGCCUUCACACUGACCAAGUUGUCUACCUCUGCUCUAAAUGAUUUAUACUGUUAAUUAAACUGCAGCUUAAUUAAAUUCAUCUUCCUAACAACAUGGAAAUGAUUAAUUAUAAACAAGUAAUGUUGCUAUUAUCCAGUAUCUCAUAUUAUCACAGAAAAUACAGUCAUGGGUUAAACAAUAUAGAAGCUGAAAGUAUACUGGUGUCUGCCCUGGUAUUUUUGACUACCUUGGUUCUAAGGGCAAGGGUGGCGCUUAAAAGUACUGUGAAUAGAAGUAUUAUUAUUAUUAUUAUUAUUAUUAUUAUUAUUAUUAUUAAAUUUUAGUUUAAAGACCAUUCAAUAAUUCAGAAUUUUGCCGUUCACAAAGCUGACCAGCUAAUCCUAGCCAAACCAGUUGCUGAAACAUAUUGUCACAGUUAUUACAAAAAGGCCACCAUGGAAUAAGAUCUUGAGGGCUAAUGACAUGUUACACGUUGCCAUUUUAAGGAGCUGUGCCACACUAUGGAGCCAUGUUGGGUACUAAUUACCGUAUUUUUUGCACCAUAACACUCACUUUUUUCCUCCUAGAAAGUAAGGGGAAAUGUCUGUGCGUGUUAUGGAGGGAAUGCCUACAGGUGGCAUGCCUAUGGAUUUUCCUCCUCUAAAAACUACGUGCGUGUUAUGGUUGGGUGCGUGUUAUAGAGCGAAAAAUACGGUAAUACAGCAUCUUCUUUCAUCUUGUCUAUAUGUCAGAAACACAUUAGGGGAAUCCCUGACUUGCCCCAGCUCCCCAGCACAUGUUUUUUGCAUUGUAGAAAAGACGAGAGAGAAGUCAAAUAUGUACUUCAAACAUUAACCUGUGGAGACAUCUCUUUGAUCUGCAAAGAAUUCUUUUAAGAGCUGUACUAAGCAUUAUAUACAGAUGUAUGUAACAUUCUCCUGUGUGCGUUUUCUUCCUGUUGAAGUAAGAAGCAGCUUCAGGAGGCUGCAAGCUUGAGUGUGCCUCUUUCCUAUACUUGCUGUAUUUCUCCUCUGCACACACACCGCAACCAUGACAGAAAAGAUUUUGAUAUCCAUGUGGGGAAGGAGGGGAGGUGCCAGAAAAAGCAGCCAGCACACAGAAGGGUUAAACAGCCUCCCUACUCAACAUUACAUCAUUCCUAUACUAUCUAUCUCUGUAUAUGAUGGGAAGUUACCUGUAUCUGUGUACAUAACAUCCAGUUUGUCCGUAGUGGUUUCUAACUAGUUUGUUUCACUUCUGCUUACAAAGAGACUGAGAAAUAAAAAUGAGAUGGUGACAAUUAUUAGGUCAUGCUGCUCUUGAAUUGUUGAUUUGGUAAAGAAAACAGAGAGGCCUUUCCCAAUAUCCAUUUAAGAGAAACAGAGUAAUGCCCAGCCUGAACACCCAGCACUAAAUUGAAAUUAGUUAAUUGGUCAUGACUCUGUAGCUGCAGAUAGGAGCCCUACAUGCCUUGUGUAGGCUAUUCAGAGUCAUGACGACUGGUUCGGUUUAGUACAAGAAGUGCCAAUAAGCAUUGGGAACCCUGGCUUUGUGCAAUCUACUUCUCAAAUGAGAUGUCUUGGGGAAAGAAGUGUAUAUGUGAACUGGAGGAGUAUCUCUGGUGGGUUGCUGUACUGAAGCUGAGUCUUGUCCUCUUCUUUUCUUUUUUAGAAGUACAUUCUUGAACAGCACAAAAGUAAAGGCAGUUAGUUCUGAAGAACCCCCCUCCCCAGAGGUACCUAGCAAGGAUUGGCUUUGUUCAUGUAAAUGUCACCUCUGUCGUUGUCGUCCCCCUCCCCAACCUUUAACAGAA